UCAUUUCAACACACACCUUCCAACUCUCCCUUCUCAAAUUCAUAAAUAUUAUUUCAAUUCAAGAUCAUGGGAAAAAAUAGUGCCUACUCUUCCUCCCAAGAAAAUUCGAAUUGCAAUAAAAAGCUAAAGCUAUUCGGAGUCGAGCUCGAUCAAUCUGAUCACGAUGCCAACAACAACAACAACAAAGGGUGGUCAGAUCGCGACGAGAGUGUCAACUCGUCAGGCUCCUCCACGGUGACCGACAAAGCGGGCCCCACCGAGGCGGAGGACAGGAAAUUCGAGUGCCAAUACUGCUUGAAGGCGUUUGCAAACUCGCAGGCUUUAGGAGGGCACCAAAAUGCACACAAGAAGGAAAGGCUGAGGAAAAAGAGGCUGCAGCUUCAAGCAAGAAAGGCCAGCAUCAAUUGCUACAUUCAACCUUUUUACUACAACAACAAUAGUCAAAAUAGUUAUGGAUCAAAUUCUGCAUGGUUUUAUGAUCCAUCAUCCCAUCCUCCCGAAUUUUCAGCUUACGAGGAUCAGCAGCCGCAGAUCAGCUUUAGCGGUCCCGAGAUCUCAAGAUCAUGGGCCGGGGUUGACCGUGUUUCACUUCAUCAAGACACGCGUGCGUUUAGUCUCACGCAUGCUUCAACGAGGCCCCUCAUAAUCAACAAGGGUUCAUCCUUGCCUAAUUCAAAUAAGAAUUGUACCAGGAAGAAUUUGGAUCUUCAAUUAGGGUUGAGUUUACAGUCUACAAUUUGAAUUUAUACGUUACUUUCUUUCUUUCUAUAUCUAUAUAUAUAGGGAUAGGGCCUCAUUUUUCUUCAAAAUUAGGGGUGUGAAAGCCCAAAAUUUAUCUUUUAAGUUAGGGUUUGCAACUGUGUAGCUCUUUAAUUUGAAGAGGAAUAUGAUGAAUUAAUGAAAAGAUGCAUAGUUGCUUAUGAUCAA